AUGGUCACUCAGAUCAAUAUACUAUCAGAUCCUACUGAUGCAAACAAUGCUUUCAUGUCUCAAGGCUUCAAUGCUGCCUUGAAUUCAAUGAUACUGUGCUCUCUAUUAAAUGAAAUAUAUACUGGAAUUGUUGCUGUUACACUUUGGAAUAUCUCUGAGAUAAACACAGUUAUAUACAAAUCACAGUCUAUUAGACAGGCUAUGAUUGCUAUUAUAAUUCUUCUUUAUAUUGCUAGUACUAUCAACUUUGCCUUUGAAUAUCAAAUAAUAUUAGGAGCUAAUAUUACAAGUGCUAUUAGUACUAUUCUUGCUGACUCCACAAUGAUUUGGCAUUAUUGGAUAGUCUGGGGCCAGCAAUGGCUCAUUGUUCUGCCUCCUAUAUUUUUGCUUGUUUCUGCAAUUGGUUACUUUGACUUUCUAGCAGCAAUUGCAAGGGGAAGCACUGCCUCAAGCUCACUUCACUUUGGGACACAUUCUGGAGGUCAUGACUCCCAGCAGGACUCCAUAUUGAAUGAUGACCUUGAAGCUCAGCAGAUGAUAGAUGAUGAAUAUGGCCAUUACACUGCAGUGGAAUCCCAGGAAGAUAUUGGUAUCAACAGUUCAGAGAGCAUCAUCCAUAGAGACUAUAAUGGGCUUGAGGUGUUGGAGAUACAAGUAUAG